AAAGACACUUUCAGAAAUCAUGCAUUGCUUAUUAAGCUGACAAAACGAAGUGUAGAAGCUUGAAAGAAAGAGAGCGUCAUGACAAAGAUAAGUAACGAGCGGUUGCAGCUGGUUUGCCAGUAUUGCUACUCACCAGUAGUCAUGGGACGUCCAAGUGUCUUAGAUGCGGGGGAGAAAAUGAAGUCUCACGCAAGCAUCGCCGGAUCUCCGUCUAAGAUGUCGAAAUCUCCGAGUGGGAGCUCGCUCAGUCUAAGGAGAGGCGAUUCGAAGAGGAAUCUGAGAGCAUUGUCUCCUUCGUCAGCGGCAUCUAUAAGGCAGGAGCGAACUGAGCAUGUUAGCAAUGUCGGGGUGGUGGAUGAAUUCUCUCAACGCAGCCCUGAAGAGGCUUUCGAGUCUUUCCAGAAAGUAUUACACGAAUUAGAAAAAGAGAACGAAGCGAAAGGAAACCCCAAAUUAAGAGUGACGUCAAUCAAUCCCUUGACCCUCAUCCCUCUCAACGAAGAAGACGAAGAGGAAGGGGGAAAGAAAGAAGGAACGACAGAUGAUGAUGGUGAAACAGUUAUUUCUGAAGAUCAAUCUAAUAGUAAUGGUGCUACAAAUGAAAAAGAUCAUGUCAAUGCGAACAACAAAAGCUUACCAGAGGCAGAACAGCAGAAACUGAAUGAGAGAAUAGCUGAUGCUCCACUUGACUCAAAUUUACUGCCAUACUCUAAAGAGACAGUGGACGCAGUUUUCGACUCUCUUAGCGAGUGCAGUGCCCUGGACUUCCCACUGUGCUGCUCCUGUGCAGACACUCUCAUUGACAAUCUAGACGUCAAAGGACAGCUGUUAACACGCGAGUGCCGUGCUCUCAUGGAGCAGAAAGUUGAAGAAGAGCAGAGAUUGAGUCAAGUUUGUCCCGAGUCAGACCUGGAUCAGAUAAUCGCACAGUUAGAAAGUGAGGAGGCAGUGUUGCUGGGUGAGUUGACUGAGUUGGAGAGCGAGAAGAGGGGGCUGGAGGAGACCAGCCGACAGUUGGACUCCGAGGAGAAAAAGAUGUUACACGAAGAGGCAGAGUUGAGCAUCGAAAACAAUGAGCUGGAGCAGGAAAUUUAUGAACUGGAAACAUCGUUGAGAAGCGUGACCGAACAGCUCAAAUUCUCUGAAGACCAUUUCAAUGACUUGAAGAAAACUAACGUGUUUAAUUUAGUGUUCAACAUAUGGCACCACGACCAUAAGUUUGGAACGAUAAAUGGAUUCAGACUGGGCAAACUGAACAAUGACACUCAGGCGGGGGGAGGGGCUAGCAGUGGGAGGGUGGAAUGGAGUGAGAUCAAUAUGGCACUGGGCCAGUCAUGUUUGCUUCUUCACUGUCUCAUUACGAAACUCAACUUCCAGCCAAACAUAUACACGCUCGUUCCUUGUGGCGCUCGAUCCUAUAUUGAGGCGGUGCAUCCCUCUGGCGCGAAUGGGGGAGGGGCAGUGGUGAGGGAGAGAUUUGCACUGUACAGUGAAGGGGGCAACAAAUUCUUCUACGACAGUAGCAUAGACAGUGGUAUGAAGGCAUUCCUCAAUGUGUUAGACCAGUUUAGGGCUACACUCGAACAGAAGAAUUCAGAGUUCCGACUGCCUUAUCCGAUGCGAGGAGAGAUUAUCUACGAGAAACAAGGAUCGGAAAACGGCUAUUCCGUCUGUCCCGGCAAGACAUCCUCUGAAAUGUGGACCAAGGCCUGCAGAAUGAUGCUGACGAACCUGAAGUGGGGAAUAGUUGGAGUCUGUACCAUUAGCCCCCACCCAUCUGACUGGUUGCAGCCUCAAGGUCAGCCAGGCAUGGAUGUCCCCAGUAGAGGCAGAGGAUCCGCUGGAUCUAGUCACAAACCACCGAUGAGUCAGAAUUUGUAUGUGAACCCUAACAAUGGAGGACGCAGCAAUAUGGGGGCGCGCAAUGGUCAAAGAAACUGAAAAGUCAUACUACUAUUUCCAAUAUAUAAAUCUUAGCUUUUAUAUAAUUCAUAGUUUGAACGGAACCCAUUGUAAUACUUUUAAGGCUCUUACUAUUGUUUCUAUUC